GAGCUACCGUUGGUCAACAGUUAGCUCUCAGCAGCCAACCAGAUAACACAUCAGCACUAAAGUGAGAUUGAGAGACCAGAGGACUUGAUACUGACCAGCCAAACUCAGUGACCAAACUUCUCAACAAUAGGCUAUCUGCAAUACAUUACUUGGACAUAAGCAAUUCUUUCUUCAAGUUAACUUCAGCAAUAACUUCAAAAUUUUCCUAUUUUGGAUUUGGUUUAUUUUCAUCAAUUCUAAAACCAUGGGUUAUUUAUUAUCUUCAGCAUCAUUUUUUUGUGCUUUCAUCAUGUUGUUAGAAGUAGCAACCUUUGUAAAGGUGUCUGAUGCUAGCUGUGCCUCUUGUCCUAUUACACAUCCUCAACAAAAGUUCUGUGAUGCAGAUUUUGUAUACAAGGUGAGAACCAUAUCAUGGCAAUAUGUGGACAUCAACUCCCAACCAGUACUUUAUUCAUCAGAAGCAUAUGAUGUCCAGUAUAAGGUCAAAGUGGAGAAUGUCUUCAAAGGACAAGAUAGUUUUGGAAAGGAUGGAGCAACCAUAUUUCUCUACUCACCUAAGAAUGUUUGUAGCAUUAACAGACUUGAGAUGGGCAUCAGAUACCUUAUAAGUGCUAAGCUGAGAGGAGAGAAGAUGGAAGUUACAACAUGUGGAAUCGUUGAGAGGUGGUCUAACCUUACCCCAUCACAAAGAAGAGGAGUCAGAGGUUUCUAUCAGACACAAUGCUCAAGCUGCAAGGUGUAUGGCUCAACAAUCCAACGUUACUAUGGAGGAGAUGAGAUCAUUGAUGAAAUGAGCUCAGGUCUAUGGAGCAAAAAUCAGUGCUUUUUCAACCCUCUUGCUUCUGUCACUUACGGCAGCGAAGACUGCGAGACCAAACAUGCCUAUUGCGUCCAUCAAAAGAAUGGUAUUUGUGGAUGGGAAGGUGAAGAAGCCUAUGAGGAAUGCUUCCGUCAGAGAGAGUACAACUGGCAACUGAUGAAGUUUUCUGAGAUGGGUCUGGCUGCCUGGACAUGUCCAGAACAAUGCAAGGAUCUCAAACCCAGGAAACUCAAGUACAAGUGCAAAAAAGCCACAAGGAAGAUGCCACCCUGUAAUAGUGUCAGGGAGAGUGUGCGUACUAUUGAUCCUAAUACCAUUGAUGAAGUUCCUCCGACUGAAUCACCCGAGAUCAUGGCAGCACUAUCAGCCCUUUUUGACUAAGUACUGAUAAGAUUUUUAUUAAUGUUUUAUACAGUAUUCAAAAAAAUUACCAAGUUUGUGGGAAAUAGAAUAGAUUCCAUCUCUUUACAAUUCUUGUCUGGUUCAAGGAAUACAAUUCUUUGGGAUUCUUUUCUCAAAAUUAGUUAUGCAUGUAUGAAAUGCAUGGGGAAGAUAAAAACAAUGUAUUCAUUACAUUUAAAAACAUUGUUCUAGCAAUUGCAAUAUAAAUAUGCGAAAGCAGAGAUAUUCAAAUAUAUUAAUUAUUUCUCAUGCCUUUUUCAGGGAUCAAAUAUAUAUUUCUAAGAUUUAAUUUUAAAACAAUUUCAUUUUAUUUCAUUACAUUUAAGGUCUCCAAGGCUUUAUCACAGGGAAUAAAAGGGUGUAUUUGUAUAAAAUGAUGAGUUCAUGACUUUCUGAUCAAAACAUGAGAGGCAUAAAUUCAUUUUUUUCUUGAUAGUAUACUUUCUACCUCUGAAUUCUCAAAAGUAUUCAUCAUAUUGGCAAUGGUUUAGAAUUAUGAGUAAUAGUUUAUUUACAUUAAUUAAAUCAGUAUUAAUUCUCCAAACUUAACUUACACAAAUAAUAUCUAAUUUCAGGAAAAGUAAAAAAUUAUACACACUGUUGGACAAAAAAGUGCUGCAAAACAGGGUCUUUUGAGUUUUUGAUUUGUAUAUUUUGUUUUUUUACCUCAUUAAAUGCUGCAAUAAUAGAGGAAUAGAAAAUUCUCCCAAAAUUAUUGUAGAGAAACCAAUGAUAUAUUGGUUAUUAUACUUGCUACAUCAUAAUUACAUAUUUAAUUCAUUGAUAUUUGUCAAUAAAAUUGACAUUUAUUAACAGAUUGAUUCAUAAGUUAUUUAAAAAUGUGAUGUUAAUUGAAAAUGAUCUAGUACCCAUCCAUGGCUUUUAGUUUAACAAUAGCAAGUUUGAGGUAUGUAUAAUUUAAAAGAUUAAUAGUUUAGACUAAUCUGUAGCCUCUCACUAAACUUGCUUUUAUGAACAUUCUAUUUGUCUUUCUGCUCACAUAUAAAAGUGUCUUAUUUAUUAUUUAUGUUCCUCUUUUUAAGUGUUGAAUAAUUUAUUGCCAUGAAUAUGAUUCAUUUAGGCAUCUUAACAAAAGACACAUCUACGGUCUGCUUCAUGCAUGAGUUUUUUGAAGAUUUCUUUUUUUCUUUUCCUAUUAU